CUCUUUCAAUAAUUAGCAACACUUUUCAUCGAUACAUCGUACUCGAGGGUCCUAGUUGAAUCGUGCUAUGAUGGAAGGCUACACUAUACUCUCGCUUCUUCUUUGCCUCAGUGCGGCAAGCGCCAUACCCAGUUUGGUACGACUUGUCGAAUCAGAUGGCUCCACCAUCACCAAUCAAGGUCGAGUCGAGGUCUAUGCCAAUGGGCAAUGGGGAACAGUAUGCGACGAUGAUUGGGGGCAGAACGACGCUGAUGUAGUGUGCAGGGAGUUGGGCUUCACUGGAGCAUCUAGCUUCAUGUCUGGCUUCACUAACUUCAAGACUUUCGGCCCAGGCUCAGAACGGAUCAAUCUGGGCAGUUUGAAGUGUGAAGGCGACGAAACUUCAAUCCUGAACUGCCCGAUGGGAGUGAGGUCCAAAUGCAGUCACUUUGAGGAUGCUGGAGUGAUAUGUAACGAGGGUUCUAUUGGUGCAAGUUCUGGACCAGUUGUGCGACUUGCCUCAUCAGAUGGCUCCACCAAUCAAGGUCGAGUCGAGGUCUAUGCCAAUGGGCAAUGGGGAACAGUAUGCGACUAUGAUUAGGGGCAGAACGACGCUGAUGUAGUGUGCAGGGAGUUGGGCUUCCCUGGAGCAUCUAGCUUCACUUCUGGCUUCACUAGCUACAAGACUUUCGGCAUGGGCUCAGGACCGAUCAAUCUGGGCAGUUUGGAGUGUGUAGGCAACGAACCUUCAAUCCUGAACUGCCCGAUGGGAGAGAGGACCUAUUGCAGUCACUUUGAGGAAGCUGGAGUGAUUUGUAAAGAUAAGUUGUCAGGUGAAGGACUCGAAGUGGAGGAAAAAGAGGAUGCUGACAUGAUGAAGAAAGACAUCCUCAUGGCUCUAGCUGAUCUCCUGGCUGAACUCAAGGACAAAUAGAUGAUAUAAGGCAGCGGACACACUGAACUUGGGGCGGACUAGGAGCUGAUAGAUAUAAAGAGCCUUUUUUCUGCACGUUCGCUCGGCCGUAAAUUCAUUCGCGGUUGGGUCUGGACGAGCAGAGCAUACAGGUGGUGUCACUUCAUAUUGACGCGUGAUCGAUACAGCGGAGUCGAAAAUGACCCCUUAUUUUACAUACUUUCAAAAACAAUUGCCCCCAAAUUAUACUGAAAACAUGAUCCCUUUUGCACAAGAGCUGGUACAAAUAUAAGGCUCUAGAUAAAAUUCGUAUGUCUAACUAAUCGGGUACACAGUUACAAAAAGUAGCCUGUUUUCGAGAAAAAAAAUGAACAUACGCAUUUACAUGUUUGCGAACAAAUAUCACCCCUUUUCGUCAAAUUGUAUGCUCUUAGACCAAAAAAAAAAUCAAAUCCGAGAACAUUCCCGCAAAUUACCAAUUUUACGCGAAAUGUAUAACUAUCAUGUGCCGCACACGACAUCGAUAAGAGUGAUACCACCGCGUAGAGACUCAACACAUUUUGACAAAAGUUGGAUUCUAGGGCCGUCCCCAAGUUUAUACCCCCUAAAUGACGGAUUGCCUAACUUUUACUAACCCUAUAGGUUUCUAACCACUCUGCUAACUGUUUUAACCCACAUUAUAAUUCCUUUGAAGAGAAACCAUCUUUUUCAGGCCUCGUUCAGAAAUGAUGCGGCAAAACUGGGCGUUUUUUAUGUUGACGUAAAAUGUAAUGAGCGUCACUUUCCAAAUGUUCAAACACCCUCCUUUAAAAAAAUCCUGCGUAUGCCACUGAACGAGCCUGUAUUAAAAGAGAGGGAAAGAGAGUGGGAAUGAAAAGAUCAUCGGUUCAGGAUUCUCUACCCCUUUUUCUUUCUCCAUUUCUUUCUGUUUUUAAAAGUUCAUCUAAAAUACAAUUUAUAAACACGAUAUUGAUAUUUUUACUAUAUAGAUGAUAUAAUUCGUUGCUUUCUUUGUGUAGAAUAGAGGUUCAUCUCGAACGGACAUGAUUAUGUAACUCACCAGACUUUGGUACCCUGUAUUGACUAAAUAUUUGUUAUUAAACAUGAUAUAUUCAUUGCAAGAAGAACAA